AUGAAUUAUUCACGAGGGCCUUCUAUGGGACAACAUCCCAUAAAUUCGGUUCCUUCAUCUCCAAAAGGAUUUGGUUCACGAUCAGGAUCAGCAAUUAGUUUACCAAAUCGUGGAAAUAUUCCACCAAAUAUGUAUGGACAAUUACCACCAAAUUCUGUUAGAAGGAGAGGACCAUCAGUUGAUCCUAAUGAUAAUAAUCCAUCAUAUUCUGUUGAACAUUUAGCUACAUUUGCUGUUGGAAGACAAUUUGGUUUACAAUCACCAGGAGAUGGUGUUAGAAAAUUAAAACAAAUGGAAAGAAAUAGUGCUAUAUGGGCACAACCAAUGAUAUUAAAAUUAACACCACAAGUUGUUAGUGUUGAAGAUGAGAAUGGUGAUUUAGUUGAACAAUUUCCAAUGGAUUUAGUACGUGAUCCAACAUCACAUCAAUCAAAUGAUUCACAAGAUUUAUAUAAUAAUAUUCUUAUAUUUAUUGUUAAUGAAGAUAUUCGUAGUGGUCGUAAAGGAGCUAAUCCAACUGAAAUGCAUAUAUUUCAAUGUACUAGAGUAUCAGCUCGUGAAGUGGCAAAUGAUAUGAUAUUAUAUCUUCAAGGAAAAUAUGAUAGAGUUAAAGGUGGUAGAAGAGAUACCAAUUUAAGUUAUAAUACUAAUUAUGCACCAUUACCUAAAAAUAUGUAUAAUGGAGAUUAUCGUUUACCACCACAAUCACAACAACAACAACAACAACCACCAAUAAAUCAAGAUGAUUUUUUUGAGGAUGGUACUGAACUUUUUGAAUGUGAUGUUAAUACAUUAAAUCAUUGUUUUGAUGAUAUUGAAAGAUUUGUUGCUAGAAUUCAAUCUGCUGCAUUAGCGCAACGUGAAAUUGAAUUACAACAACAAAGAUUAAAAAGUCAAAGAAAUUCUUCUAAAUCACGAUUUGCUUCAAAUCCAAUUGAAAUACAAAAUGGUAUAUUACAAUUAAGAGCACAAGUACCACAUCAACAAGAAUUUUAUGAAGUUCUACAAAAAUUUAAACUUAGUUUUAAUUUACUUGCAAAACUUAAAGGCCAUAUUCAUGAACCAAAUGCUCCAGAAUUAUUACAUUUUCUAUUUACACCAUUAACAGUUAUUUUAGAUGCUUCAAAAUGGGGAUUAGGACGUAAUAUUGCUGAACAAGUAAUAAGUCCAUUAAUAUCAAGAGAAGCAAAAGAAUUAUUACAUAAUUGUUUAACAAGUAAAGAAAUUGAUGUUUGGAUGAGUUUAGGAAAUGCAUGGAGGAUACCACCAGAAGAAUGGAAUGGUCCAUUACCAAUACCAUAUAGACCAGUAUUUAUGGAUGGAUUUGCACCAUAUGGUAUAGCACAAAGUGGUAAUAAUGAUUAUCAUACUUCAAGACAAUAUAGUGGUAUUCAAAUGUCUGGUACAAAUACACCAGUACCAAUACAUCGUGGAGUUUCUGCACCACCAUUAAAAACAUCAGGAAAUUAUAAUUCAUAUUAUGGACCACAACAACGUACAGCACCAUAUACUAAUGGAAUGGUACCACCAAGUCGUUCUGUUAGUCGUGAACAUUCUGUUGAUAAUACUCUUGAAAUUGAAAGAAUGAAAUUAGAACAAGAAAAAUUAAGAUUUGAACAAGAAAAAAUUCGUGAAAGAGAAAGAAGAUUAAGAGAGGAUGAGGAAAGAUUACGUAAAGAAGAAGAAAAAUUAAGAAGAGAAAGAAUGAAACAAGAAGAGAUGCAUUUAAAAGAAAUGUAUGAAAAUCACUCAGUAAAUUCAGAAGGUGGUAAUUAUGGUACUAGAGCUACAUAUGUUUCACCAUUACAACAUACUAAUGGAUCUGUUGUAUCUAAACGAUCAUCAUCAGAAUUUAAAGCACCAUCAAAUGGUGGUACACCAAGAAAUUCAACAACAGCAUCUAUUUAUCAACAAAGACCACAAUCAUAUACAAAUAUUAAUGAACAAAAUCCAAGACAAUUAGAGUAUGGUGAAGAAUUAUUAGAAAGAGGUGCUAAAAUUGUUCAAGUAACACAUGAUAGAUUAUCAGGUCAUGAAAAAGAAUUAACUGUAUCAAGAGGUGAACUUUUAGAACUUCUUAAUGAUCAAAAAAAUUGGUGGCAAUGUAGAAAUGCUAAUAAUAAAAUUGGUUUUGUACCAAAAACUAUUCUAGCAACUGUAUCAAUACCAGGUGGAUUAGAGGAGUCACCAUCUAAUUUAAAGGAACAAACAUUAAAAGAAUAUCAUGAAACCAUUGAAAAUGAAUAUUUAACAAAAGCUAUUAAUAAUGAUAAUCGUUCAAAAUCAAUGUCAAAUAUAGAAAUUGAUAGAUUAGAAAAAAAUUAUAAUAGUAAAAAAAAUAGUAAAGAACAGAAUGAUUAUGAUGAUAGUGAACUUUCAAGUACAUUAGAACGUGCUUUCAUGAAACAGUUACAUGAUACAAUAUGUAAACUUGAUUAUAAAAAAUUAAAUACUUAUCAAGGCAGUGAUUAUAAUGAUAAUAUUUGUAUAACAGUAAAGUCAACUGAAGAAGAUCUUCAAAAUUGGUUGAUUGCUAAAGGUUUUAGUAGAAAAAUUGUUAAAAUGUUUGGAAAAUGUAAUGGUAGAAAUGUAUUUCUUCUAGAAAAAGAUGUUUUUAAAAAAUAUUGUGGAAAAGAAGCUGAUAGAUUAUAUAGUCUUUUGUUAAUUGAAAAAAAUAGAUCUGGAUAUAAGUCAUAUACAUCUAGAGAAUUAGAAUUAUUAUUACAACAUAGAAAAUGUAAGACAGAAAAAGAUAAUGAUGGUGAUAAUAGUGAACCAUUACAACGUCCACCAUCUGUCUUACAAAUUACGGACUUUUCAGAAGAUGAUGAGACAGAUUAUGAUGAAGUUGAACAGAUAAUACUUAAUAAUUCAAAUACAAAUGAGAAAUGUUUUCAUGUUCGACAAAUAAGUUUAGAUUCCAUAUCAAAUAAUAGUUAUGAAUACCAAAAGGCAGAUAGAAUUAACCAUAAAAAUAACAAUACUACUUUUAAAGAAGUAUAUGAAAGAUAUAAAGUAGCAAAUGAUUUUUCUCAAAAUGAAAACAAUAAAUCACAUUUGAUUGCUGCUUAUUACUAA